AUGGCUAUUCAGCUACAGAUUAGUGAAGUUAGAAGGCCAAAAAAAUUUGUUGGUUGUUUUAAUUGGGCACAGGAAGGUACUAUUAUUGUUGAAUGGGAUAGGAUUACUGUCUACAAAUUCUUAGAGUGUGAUGAAUCUAAAAGAGAAGUUUUAUAUACUUCUGGUAUCUUAAACUGUUGGUUUUAUCUGGAACCGAUUAGUCACAGAUAUUAUUUGUUGCUAUUAGGGCAAGAUGGGAUAUUGCAGGUUGUUGAUGACUCGCUUGAAUGUGUUGAUGCCUUCCGAAUACAUAGCCCCUUCAAGAGAGUACUUUGUUACUUUGAUGAAGUUAAAAAUGGGCUAUUCUUAGUAUGGGACCUGCACACAAUAUAUCGGUUUAGUAUUGAUGGGGUCAAGAGAAAAUUCUUCGAAAGAAUGAAAAAGAUAUAUACCUUAGUUGAUGAGAUUGUCCAGAUUGAAGGAUAUUGGAAUGAACAAGACGAUGUAGGCCAAUACUUCACUAUAGAUGUUUUGAGCAAAGUCAAAGUGGGCUCUGAUUUUUAUUACCAACGCCUUCAAGAGCCAUUAGAGAGUCUUGAGACAUAUUGGGUCGGUGUGGAUGAACGAGAAGAAGUGGGUUCCUUUUCACACCAGCCAUGCAUGGUACGGGCUCAACAUGUUGGUACAUUUCUAAUAACGCCCUCGAACUCAUAUUUCUAUGCAUGCCCUUCUUUAUCCUCACAUUUACUUGAUCAAAGGCAAACUACAAAGUCUGUUGAGAUGGGUCCCUUUCCUACAAAUGUUGACCCUAACCUUCGAAUAGUCGAUGCACACUGUUUGAUUGACGGUAAAAUAUUGAAGAUAUACGGAGCUGUCAAUACUGGAACUGUGUUUGAAUUAAAGUGUAAGAUAAUAUAUGAUUCAGGUAAAAGGUCUGUUUCAAGAACUUUUCUUUCAGAUGGUGAUAUAAUGAUGGAUGUUUGUGAUCAGUUGGAAUAUUUUAAACACAUCUAUGGAACUUGGUACACAUUUUAUUCAAAAAUGGCAGGGUUGUUCUUCCAAAAUAUUUUAGAAAAUGAGAAGGUGUUAAUUCACGACAAGAUCCAGCAGCACUCUAUUUUUCAUUCUUAUAUAAUUGGAAAUUCAUAUUCAGGUUUAAAAAGCAUCCUCAUAUGUGGAGGUAGUUCUAAAAAUAAUGGAUUUUUGGAAAUUCAUAGAACGGAGUUUUCUGAAGAUAUUAUCUGUGAGAAUGUUUUUGAAUCAAAAUAUGCUCUAGACUUUUGGCCCACAAGCCAUGGAAUUUAUUGGAUUGAUCAAGAUAAUCAACUAUUUUGUGACAAAAAUUAUGUUAUGGAAGCGUCCUCUGUAUUACAUGUAACUAAAGAAGCCAAAAUUAUCGAAAAGGGGACCAACAUCAUAUGUGUCUGUUCUCUUGACGAAACUAAUUAUGUUAGUCUAGCUUCUAGAGGUUACGUCUCAUGGAGUGACACUGGUGUGCCAUGCCAUAUACCAAAUCCACCUGGGCAUUUAAUAGAGCCUAUUAUUACACAUGAAGGAUCCAUAACAGGAAUUUCUACCAAUCAUGAUAUCUACUUAAUUACUAACAGGAAAAAUGUUAGAAAAUAUAAAAUUGAAAACUUAGAUCUGCCUUUCAGUUUCAUUUUGAAAAGAUUUAGAAAUGAAACUUUCCAGAUUUUAUGUGAUGUUUUGGGAUGGGUCCAAAUCUCUAUAGUACCUGAUAAAAUCUUAGCUCAUUUUCAAGCUCAUACUAGAGGUCUUCGUAUCUGUGACAUACCAAAUUCUAAUAGGCUCCUUCUUUAUCAAGAUAACAUUGUAAUAUUACUCUCAGUCUCGGAUUUAGUUGCUGGUUAUAUUAAGUUUCCAUACAACCCUCGAGUUAUUAAGCAUGAGCACCAAGAUUGGUUUCUUGUUAGUUGUGCUUCUGGCGGUUUUUAUCGGGUGCAAUGUCCUGGAAUAUGCAGCUGGAACUUGAAAUCAACUAAAAAUACAAUAUCUUCACCUUUCCUUAUUACGAAGUUUGUUGCCUUAGAGCAUAAUCCAACGUUUGUAAUUGGAAUAGGCAUAACGGAAUGCUUUGACAAAGUUAGGUCCAGAUUAGAACUUCAAUCCCAAGUAUUUGUGUUCAAUACUUUUGUAGACAAAUUUGUCUCAUCAUAUCAAUUUCCGAAGGAAAAUUCUAAUCUGAUAGCGACAGAUAUUAUUUCAACUAGGGUUCAGAUGGCCCCCGUCAUUGACAAUAUUUCCGAUGGAAUCUCAUAUGCAAAAAGGUUGACAUUUGCCAAGUGUGUUCUUGUUUCUGUUAAUUAUGAAAUCGCAGAGGAAGAAGGUGAUAACAUUUUUCUUUUCUCUGUUGACGAUUCUAAUGGUCUCCUAGAAUUGCACAUGAAGUUCAACACAGAAUUUUCCGUUUCACAUUUACUUCCAUACCACAGUGGGAUCUUUUUUGCGGUUGGCGAGUACCUUCAAGCUUUCGAGUUGAAUUUCUCUAUAAAGGAUAACCGUUUUAAUGUUUUGGAAGUAUCUAACAGAGUUGAGUUGGGAGGAGUUCCUAGAAACUCGUUUAUUUUAGAAUCACACUUGGAAAAUAAAUAUAAUGGGAAGAAGCGGAAAUCUGGCAGAACUAUUGAAAGCGUUAUAAUCCAAAGUGCUUUUAAAGGAUUUAACCAGUUCGAGCUUCUUCAACAGCCAUCAAAAAAACAUGCUAGUGACAUAUGUAACGUUCACCGGCUAAUCUUAAAACAUACCAAUAUACGUGAUAUGGAUCUUCUAUUCGAGAAUAUGUACGAGUUAAAUGCAAUCGUUGCAAGCGCUAUCUUAAAGAAUCCCAAAAAUUUAAAUCCACUAUUGUUGGUUAGCGAUCCAGAAAAUCUGGUAACUGCAAUUUACAAAGAUAACUAUGAAACGCGAGCUUCCCAAAUUGAGUUCUUCAAUCGAGUUACAAAGAUCGUCCCAUUAGACUAUUUAUCGACGGAUUUUAGGAAGAUUAAUGACCUGCUCAAGUACAAGAUAUUACCAUUGUGUUUUAUUAAUACUGUUGGCGGUGGUUGUUACCUUUUAAGCGAGUCAUCGAAGCCCCAUUUAAAUGUGACGGAUAAUUGUAUACAUGGAAUUGUUUUAGAUCAUGAUGGUGAUCUAAAUAUUGAAAUUGGUUCUAAUAUUUUAGAUAUUUGA